AUGGUCGAAGAUUUAUCUCAGCAACACCGUCUGAUUGGCGAUUUGUUCCACUGGCCGGAAACGCCUGAGGAGUGGGAACCGUAUUGGUUGAGCGACGACCAACUCGCAUUCUACGAAACCAACGGCUAUGUGACCGGCAUUCCCAUCUUGACGGAAGAGCAAUGCGACGCGCUCUGCGAAGAGCUUGAACCGCUGUUCGAUCCUAAGCACCCAGGCAACUCGCUGUUCCACGAGUACCACUCAAACGAAUCGGACUCGCCCGACACCGUGCUGUUUCAUGCAUUGGGGGCCUGGCGGGUUACUCCCGGGUUCCACGACAUUCUCUGGAAUCCGGCGUUUCUGGCGCCGGCCUCACAACUCUUGGGCGGAGCCGUGCGGUUCUGGCACGACCAACUCUUCUGCAAACCGGCCCAUCACGGAGGCGUCGUCGCCUGGCACCAAGACUAUUCGUAUUGGACCCGCACCAAACCUCUGGGGCACCUCACCUGCUGGAUCGGCCUCGAUCCUUCGACCAAAGACAACGGCGCGGUGCACUACAUUCCUGGCAGUCAUCGCUGGGACCUGCUUCCCAUCACCGGGCUGGCGGGCGACAUGCAGGCGAUCAACGAGGUACUCUCCCCCGAGCAACGGGCCACUUUCGAAAAGCCGGCCGUAGUCGAACUGAAACGGGGUCACUGCUCGUUCCAUCACCCACUGAUGAUUCACGGAUCGUUCGAGAACCGCACCGCGGGGCCGCGACGCGCGACGGUCAUCAACGCGAUGCGUGACGGAGUUCAUAGCGACUCGCCGGAACCUCUCCUGCAAGGCGUCCCGCCGGUUCAGCCGGGAGAGAAAGUCGACGGACAGUUUUUUCCGCUGUUGUUCGACCCCAAAACCGUGGGGAAGUAA